UUUCUAUCAUCUGGAGCAACGUCCUGAUAUAGCUUUACAGGUAGUGCAGAAUACACAAUAUCAGACAACCCUGUCCUCAAAACACCAAAAGACAUGCUGUUUGGCAUCCUCAACUGCUGUAGAUACGCGAAACCCAAAGCCCCCUUGACUAGUUCGCUCUUCACCUCGACCAGGACGAUGUCCACAGGAAACAAGCCGUCCAAGUCGGCCCAGGCCCAGGCCGCCGCCUCCUCCAACCCGGAGCCAUCCUUUUCGUCUCUCGGCAUUCGCAACUCCACCAUCAACGAGGCCCCGGGUGUCCAGCUCUCGCCGCACCAGAAGCUGGUAGUAGGAAGUGUGCUCGACCUGUUCGAGGGCAACCCGACCCUCAAGCACUUCAGCCUCUGGUCACCCGACGCCGUGUUCGAGGACCCCAUCACCAGCGCGGCCGGCGAGGCCAAGUACAAGGCGCAGUGGUAUGGCCUGCCCGCACUCUUCAGCCCCAUCACGCUGCAGUCGCAUACGGUCGUCGAUGCCGGCAACCCGGUCCGGCUCGAGACGAGCAACAAGUACGUGGUGCGCGGCAUCGGCAGCGCCCACACCAUCAGCAGCGUCGUCAACAUCCACCUCGGCGACGACGGCAAGAUCGCAAAGGUCCAGGACAGGUGGAACGACAAGCUGCCCGAGGGGGUUAUUAUGAACACUUUCCGCAAGAUCAACGCCGUGACUGUCCCCAUGCUGAUCACGGUGCCCAAGACGGAGGAGGAGGAUAUGAAAAUGCAGGCUGCGAGGGAUAAGGAGAUGCAGGCCGCAAAGGAGAAGGAGGAGACCAAGUAAAGUUUAAUAAAGUAAAGCGUAAUUCCUUGAACAUGUUAUCGAUUAAUUCCGACGAAAUAGCGACAUCUUUCAUCUGCUUUCAUACAACAACAUCGCUC